AUGUCUUAAAUUAGAUUCGAUAACAGAGUUGUCAUCGUUACUGGUGCUGGUAAUGGUUUAGGUCGUGAAUACGCUCUUUACUUCGCCUCCAAGGGUGCUAAGGUUGUUGUUAACGACUUAGGUGUCACUCACUCUGGUGAAGGUACCAAGACCAACCCCGCUUAAAAGGUCGUUGAUGAAAUCAAGGCUGCUGGUGGUGUUGCUGUUGCUAACACUGACUCCGUCGAAUUCGGUGACAAGAUCGUUAAGACUGCCAUCGAUGCCUUCGGUAAGGUUGAUGUCAUCAUUAACAAUGCUGGUAUCCUCAGAGAUAUCACUUUCUAAAAGAUGACCGAUCUUGACUGGAACCUCAUCAUGAAGGUCCACGUUAACGGUACCUACUCAGUUACUCGUGCUGCUUGGGAUAUUAUGAGACAACAAGGAUACGGUAGAAUCAUCAACACUGGUUCUGGUUCUGGUAUCUAUGGUUCUUUCGGUCAAGCUAACUACUCUACCGCUAAGUUGGGUAUCCAUGGUUUAACUCUUACUUUGGCCAAGGAAGGUGAAAAGAGAAACAUUAGAGUCAACACUAUUGCUCCCAUCGCUGCCUCCAGAAUGACUGAAACUGUCCUCCCCAAGGAAGCUUUAGCUAAUUUGGACCCCAAGCACAUUGUUCCUCUCGUUGGUUACCUUGCUCACGAAUCAUGCGAAGAAACUGGUUCCCUCUUCGAAAUUGCCGCUGGUUUCAUUGCUAAGCUCAGAUGGUAGAGAGCUGCUGGUGCUUUAUUCGAUCUCCCCUACACUGCUGAAGAAGUCAGAGACAGAUGGAACACUAUCUGCGAUUUCGAAAAGAACCCCGAAUACCCCACUGCUACCAGUGAUACUUUCGCUAAGGUCAAUGAAAACGUUGAAAGAAUCCAACUCAAGAGGGAAGAAGCUGCUAAGAAAGCUGCCACCACUGCCCCCGCUGCUGUUGAUAGUCCCUACAAAUCCGAUUAAAUCUUCACCAUGAUGAAGGUUUUCCUCGAACGUGGAGAAGGUACCAAGUUAGUCAAGGACCUCCAAGCUGUCUACGGUUUCAACAUUGUUGAAAAGAAGAAUGGUCCCGUCAAGAGAGCUUACACUAUUGACUUGAAGAACGGUCAAGGUGCAGUUGUCUUCUAAGAAGCCAAGACUGCUGAUGCCACCUUCACCAUGAUUGAUGGUGACUUCGAAUAAGUCUGCUUAGGUAAACUCAACCCCAACAAUGCCUUCAUGACUGGUAAGAUGAAAAUCAAGGGUCACAUGGGUAAGGCUACCAAGUUCACCCCUGCUCUUUUCCCUCCCCCCACCCCUGAAAAUAUUGCUAAGUACACUCCUGCUAAGCUUUGA